AUGCGGCCCUGGGCCUGGAUUCUGGGCGUCUCCGCAGCGUGGCGCGUGGUGUGUGUCCUGCUGCUUGUGCUGGCCGCACAGGUGCAGCAAGCGUUUGACACAUCCGGGUCAUUGGUGCUAUAUUCUCUUGGUGCUGAUGCGGAGCAUGCGGUAUGGGAGGCAUUUGCAGUGCCGUUUGUGCGCUGGGACACCGUCUAUUUUCUAGCCGCUAGUCAUCCGCAAGUGGGCUAUGCGUACGAGCAGAUGCUUGCGUUUCAGCCAGGACUUGUUGCAUUGCUGCGUACUUUAGGGUUUGUACCGCGCAUGCUUUAUGCCUCAACAGCAUGGAGUCCAACGGCAGCGGUGAUACUUGGCGCACUGCUGUCGAAUCUGCUUUCGUGGCUUGCACCGCUGUUAUUGUACACUGUGACGAUGCAACAGACGCAUUCUCAGCAGUUUGCACUUGUGAGUGCGUUGCUUUCGAUUUUUGCGCCUGCAAGUAGUGCCGCACUGUCCGCACCGACGCCCGAGUCGUUCUACUCCUUUUUUGCGUUGCUCGGCUUUGCGCUGCUGGGCACUCGCUCGUGCGCAUCCCUCAUUUUGGCAUCCUUCGCUUUUAUGGUGGCAACAUGCUUCCGCGCAAAUGGGGUGAUGCUUGCCGGGUUCAUUUUGUGGUACUGUGCUUGGGCCCACCCAGGCAGUGCUCGCCGAUUUUUUGUGCGACUAGUGACUGCGCUUCCGCUCAUGCUCGUGGUGAUGGGGCCAUUCAUUACAGGGCAAGCAUGGGCAUAUGCACGCCUAUGCACAUUGUCAGAAGCGCCGCCAUGGUGUGCCGCGAGGAUCCCUAUACCGUACAGCUGGAUUCAAUCGCACUACUGGAACGUCGGUUUUCUGCGCUACUGGACGCUGCAGCAGCUGCCAAACUUUUUGCUUGCAGUCCCAAUGCUUGUACUGGGUGCUGCUGGGUGUAUGCUCUACGUCCGCACUGUCAAGCUCAGACCGCUGCUGCGCUCUACAUUUACCCCCUGGAACCCGCGCGCUUUUUCUGCAGAUCCAUUUGGCCGAAUUGCCCCUGCAUUUGUAUACCACACGGCCAUACUGCUGGCAGUCCUUUUGUUUGCGAGCCAUGUGCAGAUUAUUCUGCGGCUUGCCACGCCCGGGGGCAUGCCAAUCUUGUGGUGGACCGGCGCCGCACUAUGGACAGCACCGCGUGCGUCAUGGCAUACUUGGCUUGUACGCUAUUUACUAAUUUAUAACCUGCUCGCAGGGAUCCUGUAUGCAGGUUUCUACCCACCCGCAUAG